CGGCCCGCAGGCACCGCUCGUGCUCCGAACGCAGCGGCCGUACAAAACGUUCCAGCGGGUCAAGCGGAAGACAGGCUCGAGGCUCAACUCUCGGUCAGCGGUGUGGUUGAAGGUGGGGGAUAAGGAGGUGCUAGACUUCAAGAUCACCAUGGGACAUCAGCAAGAGGUGAUGGCGAGCGAGCUGUGCGACUUGGAUACCAAGCAGACCGUUCUCGUUCGCUCGUCGUUCGAAGAUGUUUCAAAUGCGAGUUACCGGGAGGUGGACUGCAGCGGCAUCGAAUGGCAGCCAGAUUAUUCGCACUGCUACACGCCCCCGGGCCACGGUCAAGCCCUGCCGCAGCUGCAUACAGUACCGGCUGGUCCUGAACCCGACGGGGACUACAAGCGGUCAAUCGAGUGCACUUCUAGUCAGCCGCUGCCUCCUUCGCAGCCUUCGGUGCAGCAGGUGAGCCGUCCGGAUGGUGAUGGCUCUAGUCUCAUGUGGCUGUUGGACUACCGCCUGGACCACCUGCUGGAGCCGGCCAGCGACGACACCUGUCACCCUGCAGCGCCACCGGCCGGGAGGGUGCGGGAAGAGGUGGUGCAAACGAUGCCACAGGCACAGCAGCAGGCGCCCUCGUGCUGCCAGGGGAACGGCCGCUGGGAUCAUGGCAUGGAGGUGAAAUGCGAUCACGACUACAAAGCGGCGCAAGAAGUACAGCAGCAAGGUUAUUACGCAACAUCAACGACUAAGCCACCGUUCACGUACACGGAGCUGAUCGAACAGGCUAUGAUCGAGGAAGGUGAACUCACCGUGUCAGGCAUUUAUAGAUGGAUCACGAGCCACUUCGCUUUCUACAAGUCGUGCGACGACCGUUGGAAGAACAGCGUGCGACACAACCUCUCAAUGAACCCGUACUUCCGCAAGGGCGAGAAGGCCAAGAACGGCACGGGUCACCUCUGGAUGCUGGCCAACGUGGAGGGGCGUCGCGUACGGCGCAACAACGUGGCCGCGCGCAUGGGCCGGCCCGCCCGCAAGCAGUCGGCCGGGGACGUGGAGCUGGACCUUUGCGACGAUAUCCCGUCGCCGGCCAACGACAUCUGGCUAAGCUCGGCCGCCGACAACAAGGAGAACAUGCCCAUCAGCGGCGAGUACAGCAUCGAGUACCUCAACUAUGUGCCGGACCAGGCGGCGCCACCGACAGCCUUCACGUUGGAGGAGUCGGCCGACCGCAUACUCUCCGGAUCCAAUAAUCACGUGGAGGUGCAGUUUAUAACGCCGGUUCGAAAUGAACGAAUUGCUCAAGACGUCAUGCUGGUGGAUUACCAGCAGCUGGAUGUGGCGAUGCAAUCGUGAGAAGUGCGCAAAUCACCCACCAGCCUGAUCAGCACCAGACCCGCCCGAUAAGUCACGCUCGUCCAAUCCGUCCAAUCGCGUGCCAGACAACAGCUCCGUCCAGCCCGAGACGGGCUGCCUCUCCGUCCAUUUCAAGACAGACUGACUCUGUCCUGUCCGCUGUGGGGACCACGCCUGUUCGGUCCAGUGCGUGCGACAGCGCUCAUGCACGCCGCCCGAGUGUGGCGACCAGCGCAGCGCGCCGAGCGCCAGUGUGGU